UGAACCCUUCCCUCUGCUCAACUUAUUACUUCUUUUGAGUAUAUGUAGUUAGGGGCUUAGAUCACAAUGUAUUAUUCUUAGAGUCAAUAGAAGAAUAAGCAAAGUAGAACGUCUUCACAGGACUUUCCGAACUUUUCCAACUCUGGCAGAAAAUGGCAAUUAGCACGUCGAUCCCAACCGCCUUGCGGAGCUCAGAUGCGUUUCUGACAAAGUGGGACAGCUUAGAAGGCAGCUCAGCCGUACAGCGGAUCAACAAGGGCUGUGGUAUCAAUUCAAACUACCAACAGGUGGAAUGGCGUAGCUAAGAAGUAUCUUCAUAGGCGAUUGUCUAUGGAUCAUCUUCUAGGAUUCAUACGGCGUGUCAGAAACUAAGAAAUUAAGAAAUUAAUAGCUAUCCUGCCACCUUACCAACGACUCACCACCCUCUUUGUUCUCAUCAACUUUCCAACCAAACCACAAAAUGGCAAGCCCACCGCAACUACCUCCCUUUCCUCGACAGAUAGGCAUGUUUCCGCAUUUCCUCGCGAGGCAACCCGAAACGUUAAUUCUAAGAGAAAGAUGCAUGUCGCUAUCGGGAAACAGCUUCGACGUCAGCCUCCCUAAUGGUCAGCCCAUCUUCAAAGUAAAGGGCGAGUUCCCCUCGCUCUCGAGGCGCAUAAAUGUCAUGGAUAUAAGCGGGAAUUUCCUAUUUUGUAUCCGUAAGCAGAUAUUUUCCAUUCCCAUGACAUUCUACGCCGAGAAUUCCAAUGGCAAUGAGAUCUUCGAAGUGAGGAGUAAAUUUAAGUUGUUCGGCUCUAAGUUCAUUGGUACAUUUAUUUCGGCCUCUGGUCAACUGGAGGAGCUAGUGAUGAAGGGAGAUUGGACCGAUACGAUAGCCGAUAUCACGGACGGGGCCACCGGCCAAACCGUCGCGUCUAUUUACCAUGAUCGCUGGAAUGUGCGGGAGCUCCUAGGCGGCCAGCAGACUUAUGAAGUUACUAUCGCACCGAACGUCGACAUGGCUAUCAUUGUCGCAAUGUGCAUCUGCCUAGACAUGAAGAGGAAUGAACGUCGAUAGGGAGGAUGGAUACCUAUAUGUGCGGUUGAUAUCUGUACAUUGGUUUGGAAUUUGGUUAUGAUAAAUAUAAGCGGUGAUAAUCCCCUGGAGCGUUUUACCUAUACCUCCCUUUUUCCUCGUUUCCGGAGCAAAGAAGGUCGUGUCGCGUUGUCGGUAGUUGCUAGGCCAUUAGGCAUAAACGCAAAGGGAAAACCACCAAUCUGCCGCCCAAACCGAACUUACUACUUACAUUAGGUACCUACAUUAGGUAGGUAACCUAGGUGUCAUUGACAAUAUACCUUACUUUAUUCAGUUAUCCCUUCUUCCCAAAAAAACGAGGUCAUAACAGGUAGCAAGAUCAUGUCGGGC